AUGAAGACCAAGUUCUGCAACGGGGGCGAGGCGGAGCCGUCGCCGCUCGGGCUGCUGCUGAGCUGCGGCGGAGGCAGCGCGGCCCCGGCGCCCGGCGUGGGGCCGCAGCGCGAUGCCGCCAGCGACCGCGAGCCCAAGCAGCAGGGCGGCCGGCAGCCCCCGCUCGCGCUGCCGCCGCCGCCGCCGCCGCCGCUGCCGCUGCCCCCGCCCCCGCCGGCGGCCGACGAGCAGCCCGACCCCCGGACGCGGCGCAAGGCCUAUCUGUGGUGCAAGGAGUUCCUGCCCGGCGCCUGGAGGAGCCUCCGCGAGGACCAGUUCCACAUCAGUGUCAUCAGAGGUGGCCUGAGCAACAUGUUGUUCCAGUGCUCCCUGCCCGACACCGUAGCCGCCGUUGCCGACGAGCCUCGGAAGGUGCUGCUCCGGCUCUACGGCGCGAUCCUGCAGAUGAGGUCCUGUAAUAAAGAGGGAUCCGAACAAGCUCAGAAAGAAAAUGAAUUUCAAGGGGCCGAGGCCAUGGUUCUGGAGAGUGUGAUGUUUGCCAUUCUUGCGGAGAGGUCUCUGGGUCCAAAACUCUAUGGGAUCUUUCCCCAAGGCCGGCUGGAGCAGUUCAUUCCGAGCCGACGAUUAGAUACUGAAGAAUUAAGUUUACCAGAUAUUUCUGCAGAAGUAGCUGAGAAAAUGGCCACAUUUCAUGGUAUGAAAAUGCCAUUCAAUAAGGAACCAAAGUGGCUUUUUGGAACAAUGGAAAAAUAUCUAAAUCAAGUGCUGAGAAUCAAAUUUACCGGGGAAUCCAGACUGAAACUACACAAACUCCUCAGUUACAACCUGCCUUUGGAAAUGGAAAACCUGAGAUCACUGCUUGAAUCCACUCCGUCUCCAGUUGUAUUUUGUCACAAUGACUGUCAAGAAGGUAACAUCUUACUGCUGGAAGGCCGGGAAGACUCUGAGAAACAGAAGCUGAUGCUGAUAGACUUUGAAUACAGCAGCUACAACUACAGGGGAUUCGACAUUGGGAAUCAUUUCUGUGAAUGGAUGUACGAUUAUAACUAUGAAAAGUACCCUCUUUUCAAAGCAAACAUCCGGAAGUACCCCACCAGGAAACAACAGAGAGAAGUAAUGUGCCGGGCACCACGAUCUGUAACUGGAGGAAAUGAAAUGCCUGUGGUGCUAGCAGUCCCGUUUCCUCUUCCUCAGUGUGGGAGUCCAGCGAUUGUGUGGAGAAUCACUUCUUGUGAGAAUUUCCUUCUGAGCACCAAGCCUGCCUCUGAGCAUGGACAAGGCAGCUCCACCUGCCCUCAGUGACCCCCUUACUGCGUAACCUCUCCCCUGAAUGCCCUCCCUUGGUGGUCAGAAUUGUUUCACACAGAGGUCAAGGGUGAUGAGGGCAGGGGUGCCUUUAGGUGCUCCUGUAAUUCAUGCAGCACCCACUCAGGCAGGCACUGUGAUAGGAGCCUUCAGUGGGUGGCCCAGUAGGGAUGCUGGUCCAGUGCAGAGCUGCUGAGGGGCCAGAAACUGCCAUUUCUUAAGGCCGACUGUGGUGAACUUUAGUGUGCCCAGAGCACCGUGGCCUGGGUGAUUCUGGACCUCAAGGUCAUACUGUGUGAAAAGGGAGAGUAGGGGAAAGUGGGGCUGCUCAGCCUGGGGAAGAGAGAGCACAAUAGCAGUCGUAGGUGUUUGAGCUAUCGCUGUGCUGAAGAGAAAUUAGAGAGCCCUGGGUGCUGCAGAUGGUGAACGAGCUCAGCUGCUCACCGGAAGGUGCCUCAGAGGAAAGACCCGCUGAUGUACCGCUGAACAAUUAGUCAUCAGAAGCCACGUGGGGCGCAGUUCUGCCCUGACACACGUGGGGUUGCCGUGAGUCAGAGUCAGGAGCAGCCGGUGGAAGAGAAGUUGGAUUUUUAUAAAAACUGGAUACCUCUAGGUAGAGGUUAGAGCUUUCAAACCAGUAAGGAGAAAUUUCCAGUAAGAAGACAGAUUUCAUUAUAAUGAAAGACAGAAUUUUAUAACUGCUAAAAUUUUACAGCUGUGUAAAUUUAAGCAAAUUCCCUGCUGUUUUCUGAGAGGUUUUUAAAAGCAUAUAGAUGUUGAUCUUUAUCAAAUAAUACCUUUUCUGCUUCUAUUGAGGUAACCUUGUAUUUUUUUUUCUUUUAAUCCAUUGAGAUAUUUUAAACUGUUAAACCAUCCUUGAAUUCCUGAGAUAAACUCUGUUUAAAUGAGUUAUGUUAUUUUGUAAUGUUCAGUUGGGUCCAGUUAGGUGACAGUUUAGGAGUUCUACACCUGUGUUUAUGUAUGAGAUGGGCCUAUAAUAAUGUUCAUUUUAAAAAUUAUUCGUAUCUGCUUUUGGAAUAAAAAAUUAUACUAGUCUCAUAAAAUGAACUGGGCAUCUCUCUCCCUUUUUAUUUCCUGGAACAGAUUUAUAUAAGAUGAAGACUGUAUGUUCUUUGAAAGUUUGGUAGAUCUUCUCUGUAAAACAGCCGGGGCCUAGAACUUCUGGGGAGAAAGGGUCACCAGUUAUUUCACUAAGAUAUUGAUCUAUUCAAGUGUUCUAUCUCUUUGUUUGUAAUUUCAGCAUUUAGUGUUUCCCAAAAAUAAACCAUGUAGUGUUGUGGUCCAAAGCAUGGGCUCUAAAACUAGCCUGCCCGGAUUUGAACCCGAGACCUGCCACUGCUGGCUGUGCAGCCUGCUGAAUGUCCUGUGCUUCUGUUCCCUCAGGCAAACGUUUUGUUGUGAGGAUUGUGUGAGUUAAUAUGCAAAAAAACAAAUGCUUGGAAGACACAGAAUUUAAUAGACCUCAGGAAUCAUCUUUCUAUGGCAGGUUUACUUCAGGGUUAGCCCCUUCUAGGGCCUCUAUCCAGGGCAGUGCUUGAACUUAAGCCAUACUUCCUGUGGUGGAGGUGGUGGAGUGUAUGAAAGCCAGUUUUAGAGACAGAGGUAGAAGAGGAGAGAGUGGGAAAGGUAGUAGAGGAGGAACUGUUGGCCUUCCAAGUAGGUGACUAAUUGAUGAGGGUUCUCACAGGGAAAAUUAACUGACUGAUGGCUCCUUUUUAUUUACGAAAGAAAGAGAGCGGUGGUUUACUGUGUACUACUGUCUUUUGAUAUAAUAUGCCGUAUUCAAGAAAGAACCAAACCACCAAACCCAGUGCCGUCGAGUCGAUUCCGACUCGUAGCGACCCUACGGGACAGAGUAGAACUGCCCCAUAGAGUUUCCAAGGAGCGCCUGGUAGAUUCGAACUGCUCACCCUUUGGUUAGCAGCUGUAGCACUUAACGACUUAACGACUGCGCCACCAGGAUUUCCAUUCAAGAACAAGGAACCUUAUAAAUACUAAUUCAUAUGUAGACUACAGGUGGAACUUGGCAGGGCCAUAGGCAAACCAUCUCUUCUUCAAAUUGAAAUUAAAUGUGUCCAGUUUAUUAGCUCCAUGUCUGUGUGUAAAUCAUCAUGGUGUCUCAGAGUUGGAAGGAACCCUUGAAUUGUGUGGUCCGAUUCUCAAGCGGACAAAUUUCAGGGGACCCUAAGCCUCGGGACUGGCACAGUUGUGGCAGCUCACUUGGAAUACCAGCCAGUCUGGGAAAGGCAUGAUGUAGGCUUGCCCUCCUCUGAGCUUGUUCAGCAAAAAUCAUACCUGCAGAUCAGAUGAGAAAGAGGAUUCUACCUGAAUUACUUUCUCUACAGAAUUACUAGUAGCUAGUUUUUUUUUU